GAUAGAUGAGUUGUCUCAACGUUGUUGCACAUCGCUAAUCGCCGAAAAGACUGGAGCGCAGGCAAAUAACAAGAAAAUAAAAAUCAUAAUUUGAUUUAUGACUACAUCAUGAUGGAUGAGCAACUUAUUGAUGAAGUAGCUCAACACGGCGUCAUCUAUAAUCGGCAAAAGUAUUAUUUAAAUGGUAGCGCCAGCGGCGGCAAAUACGAGACCAAGGACGAGGCUUGGCAGCUCAUUGCGUUGAAGCUGCGGACGGACGUGGAAACGUGUAAGAAGCGAUGGAAAUAUCUGCGUGAACGCUAUGUAUCACAACGCAAACAAGGCGAUCCACCUGUUUAUGAGCAUUUAUCCCGUCCAUACUUGGAAAAAAUGAAAUUCCUGGAUCAGCACAUACAGCCGCGUAAAUCCUACCGAAACGUACCCAACUUUUUGACCUCACCACAAUCGGCGAAUAGCUCCAAUUAUAGUGAAUAUAAUGUGGAUUCCAAGUCGAAUAGCUCACACAAGAAUAUGUCGCAUUUCGGUGGUCAGAACCAUCAUUAUCAUCAUCAGCAACAACAGCAGUCGGGAACAGUAGAUCAGCAGCAUCCAAUGAAUGCACUCAGCACAGCUGCCGCCUCAGCUCUAGAGAAUGUCAAUGGACAAGUAAAAAUAGAGGCGGAAAUAUUUAGAGAUUUUGCGGCUGCCGUAGCCUCGCAGCAACUGCAGCAUAUAUCACAAUCACAAAUGCAACAGCAACAGGCGGCAGCUGUGGCCGCAGUUAUGGCUGACUCGUCGCAGGGCUAUCAGGAGCCGAUAAUGAAUGGCACUGGCAGCACAGGUGGCCUUACCUCAACGUCUUCCUCAAUGAAAUCACCGCUGUCGUCCCCUCUGCCUGGUAUGGGUGUAACUCCGACCACACAGCAAGAGGAGCAAUCGACUGCAAUAGCGUCUCAACAGUCAGCUGUACAUUCCUCAUCCAAUGUUCAGGCUAACUACAGUCAUAAGAGCAGCGAUGAAAUGCAUUCCUCGUCCAAUUAUCACAAUAAGAAGCCCCGCGUGCAACUGAACUCCAAUGGUGUCAGCAAUCAUGCACAGCAUGCCAGCAAUGGUAUGUCUAAUCCAAAUGGACAUUUUGGCCAAGACACCGAUGAUGACUCGGAUGACAAUAGCACUGAUCUAAUGGAACCACAGACAAUGUUGCACCAUGAAAAUCACUACAACAAUUCAAUCAAUAUGCAACGCAACAGCUCAAAUGGCAAUGUCAAUGGUAAUAAUAAUAAUCAACAGCAGCAGCAACAGCAGCAACAACAACAUCAGCAACAGCAGCAGCAACAACAACAACAACAGCAACAUCCGAAUAUGUUUCCAUCGAAUACGGAUUUCCUUUUCCAGCUUUAUCAGCAACUACCACAGCAACAGGCUGCAGGUAGCUCACAUGCUUCCAACUUUGGCAAGUUCCAAACGCCAUCAAAUCCACAUGGCAUGCAACGUUCCUCGGAACAUUUACUAGGCGAACUGGUCACCACGGAGCUGUUGAAAAUGAAUAAGGAUCGUCGGAAAAAUGUACAAAAAAGAAUAUUGGAAAUACUCUUCUUUGAUGAUUAGGCAGCAGGGCAGCAAAGUCCUACAGUAUUAAGAGUUUCUGUUGUACAUAGUGUAUAUAUAGGGUAUAUGCGACUACUCUUAUUGUUUAAUGUAUGAUUUAAGUUUUAAGCUUGAAGGUUGCACUUUUUGCAUCUUUUAUGAUUCAGAAGUAAAAUUCAACAUAAUAAGUUUGAAAUUUAGUAAAGCGGGUAAAGCAGUUGGAAAAGUAUAGUCCAACACUUAUUUAGUAUGUUCUGUCGACCUGUUGAAUUUUAAAUCUAGAUAUAUUUAUAUCUACAUAUUAUAAACAUAUUCUUUAUUAUUUAAGAUUAAAGUUUUUCCUAAGUUGUCCGGUUUUCCAUAACUUUGUUCGUUAACCCACCAAGGCAUUUGAAAAGAUGUUUCAUUUGCGCUAGUCAUGAACUAAGUAUAUUGAACAAUUUUCCAGUUAGAGCUUAAGUUAUUAUUAAGCGGGUUUAAUGUAUAUGUAUACCUAGUAUACUUAAUUAAGCUAAGAAAAACUCAUUUGUAAUUUAUUCAAUUUAUGUUUAAUAAAAUGUAUAUGUAACUAUA